AUGAACCCUCCAAACACCAACAUCCGCGCCUUCAAUCUCGCCGUUCAAACCCUCCUAAGCACACCAUCCCAGUUCCUGCCGCACCUAACAGUCCCAACAAUCACCCAGCUCCCCGAGUCAAUUGGUCCGCUCCUCGAAGCCCAGUACGGCCGAAAAGCAGGUCAGCAACCCGAAAAAGGGCGAGAAAUAACAAUACGCGCCCUGAUUCUUGAUAAAGACAACACGCUCUGUCCCGCGAAGACAACGACUUUCCCAUCGAAGAUCUACGCGCACCUCCAUACGCUCCGCAACUCACCUACAUCUCCAUUUAACAUUUCCACUGCCCCAAACUCCAUCCUCAUCGUUUCGAACCGUGCGGGAUCGCAUCCGCGUUACGAAUCCGAGGCUCUCGAGAUUGAAGAGCGUCUGGCAGAACUCAAAAUUCCAGUGUUCCGGUUACCGUCAUCACCGAAGGAGGGCGUGAAUGUUGAGAAAAAGCCGUUCUGUGGAAAUGAGGUGCUAGAGUGGUUCCGGGAGCGAGGAGUAGUGCAGCGAGCCGACGAGAUUGCUGUUGUGGGAGAUCGGUUGGGGACGGAUGUGCUCAUGGCUAAGGAGAUGGGGGCAUGGAGUGUUUGGUGUCGGGACGGAGUCGGGGAGGAGGUGACAAAGGGAAAGAGGAAUGUGCUUGAAAAAAUGGAAGUCUGGGUAGAGCGAUAUUUGAGGGAGUCCAAAGGGUUGAAGGCUCCGGCGCCAAGGGGGUUCGAGUCGAGAGAUGACUGCAAUUAG